UUUGCCGCAAGUUGGUCUACUUCUUUACAUAACUAGCAAGCAACAAGCCGAAGUGAACCGCUGUAGCACUAUAUCUGAAUACACUAGUCCGAAAAGACGUUCAAAACAUGUAUAGUAACCAUAAUAGUGUAAUAAUAAAAAAUGAAAAGAUGCUUCUGAGAACAUUAUUUCUACUAACGUGCCUAGCUACUCAUAUAAAUUCCUACGCUCAACAAGAACCGCUUGGCACUCUAUACCGAUGGAAGCAAAUUGAGUUCGCUUUUCCGACUGCGCGGCAUCGUCAGCUGGCCUUACAAAAUGGGCAAUUCAAUCAAAUCAACGUUAUUCCACUGGGUGUGGAAAGAUGGAAAGAUCGGCUUUUUGUAAGCACGCCCCGUUGGAAAAGAGGCGUUCCAGCAUCGCUAUCCGCGCUACCUGUCACGGCACGGGAGGAAUCUCCUUCGCUGACACCGUUCCCUAGUUGGGACUGGCACACUGCAGGUAACUGCACUGGCUUCACGUCUAUCUUCAGGAUGAGUAUAGAUCACUGCGGAGUCAUGUGGGCCAUCGACUCUGGACAAGUGGAAGCUUUCGAAACACCACGCCAACUAUGUCCGCCUACACUUUUUGCUAUCAAUUUGGAGACAGACACUGUUCUCGGACGUUAUCCUAUACCCAGCGAAUUUGUUUUACAAAACUCUCUCAUUACAAAUCUUAUAGUCGACACGAGAGAUUCUGAAUGUAAUGAUUUACACGUCUAUAUUGCCGAUGCUUGGCGAUUCGGGCUUAUUGUUUUUAGAGCUGCGGAUGCAAUGUUCUGGCGGUUUAGCCACUACACAUUCUACCCAGAACCGCUGUUAUCAAAUUACACACUUCACGGAUUAAACUAUCAAUGGUCUGAUGGUCUCUUUGGAAUGUCUUUAGGUCAAAUGAAUCGCGGAGACCGACCACUUUAUUAUCACUCUAUGUCCAGCUCUCUGGAGUUCGUGGUGCAAACUUCUGUAAUACGAGAUCCUUCACGCGUAAGUAACGCUGUUGAUGAGUUUAGACUCCUCGGCGAGAGUCGCGGUCCGAGGGGCCAGGUUUCCGCUGCAGCUAUAGACCGCAACGGUGUCAUGUUCUUUAACCUUAUAUCUCUAGAUAGUAUUGGAUGUUGGAACACGCGCACACCUUACAAGAUUGAAAAUUUAGAUAUUGUAGCGCAAAAUAAUAACACGUUAGUUUUUCCUAAUGACUUAAGAAUAGAUCACGAAGUUCCACAGAUUGUGUGGAUAAUAACAAACCGGUUACCUAUGUAUCAAUUUAAUUUAAUUGAUCCUAAUCAGUUUAAUUACAGACUAAUGUAUCUGGAGCCGAACACCGCUAUUCGCAGCACUAUGCUUUUGAGAUCUCUGUUAUUAGUGGCAUUUCUAACUACGAGUUUAAAUGGCUAUGCUCAAUAUAAUCCACUGGGCACCCUUUACCGAUGGAAGCAAAUUGACUUUGCUUUUCCAACAGCUCUACAUCGUCAACUGGCCAUACAAAACGAGCAAUUUAACCAAACCAAUGUGAUUCCGUUGAGUGUGGGAAGAUGGAAAGAUCGGCUUUUUAUGAGCACUCCCCGUUGGAGAAGAGGCGUCCCAGCAUCUCUGUCAGUGCUGCCUGUCACGGCACGGGAGAAAUCUCCUUUGCUGACACCGUUCCCUAGUUGGGAUUGGCACACUGCAGACAACUGCACCGGUUUCACAUCUAUUGUCAGGAUGAGCAUAGACCACUGCGGAGUCAUGUGGGCCCUCGACACUGGACAAGUAGGAGCUUUCGACACACCACGCCAAUUAUGCCCGCCCACACUUUUUGCCAUAGACUUAGAAACAGAUACAGUUCUUGCACGUUUCCCUAUCCCCACCGAAUUUAUUUUACAAAACACUCUCUUGGUAAAUCUCAUAGUAGACACAAUAGAUGCUCAAUGCAGGGAUUCACAUGUUUAUAUUGCCGAUGCUUGGCGAUUUGGGCUGCUCGUGUUUAGGGCUGCCGAUGCAUCGUUCUGGCGGUUUAGCCACUACACGUUCUACCCGGAACCUUUACUAUCAAAUUACUCGAUUCACGGAAUAAACUAUCAAUGGGCUGAUGGUAUCUUUGGGAUGUCUCUAGGCCAAAUAAAUCUCAGAAAUCGACUGCUUUAUUAUCACUCAUUGUCAAGCUCUCUGGCAUUUUCGGUGCCAACUUCAGUGAUACGAGAUCCUUCGCGUGUAAAUAAUUCUGUUGGCGAGUUUAAGCUCCUUGGCGACAGUCGCGGUUUGAGGGGGCAAGUGUCCAUUGCAGCUGUAGACCGCAAUGGUGUCAUGUUCUUUAACCUAGUUUCCCUCGACAGUAUCGGGUGUUGGAAUACGCGCAAAGCUUACAGGAUUAAAAAUUUAGACAUUGUUGCGCAAAACAAUUACACCCUAAUAUUUCCUAUCGACUUGCAAGUAGACCAUGAAUUCCAACAGACUGUGUGGAUAAUAACAAACCGAUUACCUAUGUAUCAGUUUAAUUUAAUUGAUCCGAAUCAGUUUAAUUACAGACUAAUGUAUUUGGAACCGAACACCGCUAUUCGUAGCACUGUUUGCCGGAAUUGAGUUUUCUGUCUAAGAUGCUUAUUACUGAAAUAAUGAAAUAAUUUACUGAAACGGUGGCAACCCUAGUGGGUCCGGCACGAGUCAU